UGAAGCCUGACUCAAGGGUCAUCCAAGUUGGAAGAGCUCUUUUUUCUUGGAGCAAGAACCUCUGCGAUUAGACAAUUGCCAUCCCAUCCUCUCUCCUCGUUUGUUUUCGUCUUCGCGGUCUGCCUUCGUUUAUCGGGGUCUCUUACGCUUUGGAAACAGCCCAGCGCGGUCCUCGUGUAACCCGAUUGACGACACAUCAGAAUAGAUCUACGGGCUGCAUGCCUUUCGGCUACAAAACAAAGAACUAAAUGGCGACAACAAGCACGGGUAGUAACCUCGGCAAUCCCGGCGGGAGUCGUCCUGCCAGCCCGCCCCGCGACAGCGCUGUCGUCCCAGCGUCUGCACCGCCGACGGCCAGCGGUUCCGGCACCGAGCAGAUACCCGCCACGGCAUCCGGCACAGAAGCGGCGACGGCAUCGACCGACCAAGCUACCAACCCGGGCCCAGACGCCGCGGCGGCGGCCGCGGGCAUCCCCGCUCUCGCCGAGGAGACGCCCGUGGGAGACACCCUCGAGGCCGGCGGCACUGAUGAUGACGACGAGUUCACGCCGAGCGUCUUCGACGAGGGCUCGAUCGCCGACGAUCGGACCGAUUCGACGUCGCUCAACUCGAGCGUAUACGAGCACAGCUUCCGGAACGGCCGGCGCUACCACAAGUUCCGCCACGGGCGGUACCCGAUCCCCAACGACGAGACGGAGCAGAACCGCGAGGACAUGCUGCACGCCAUGAUGCUCGAGGUCACGGACGGGCGGCUGUACUUCGCGCCCAUUGGCGACAGCCCGCAGAAGAUCAUCGACCUCGGUACCGGGACUGGCAUCUGGGCCAUUGAGAUGGGCGACUUGUUUCCCAGCGCCGAGAUCCAUGGGCUCGACCUGAGUCCCAUCCAGCCCGUAUGGGUGCCGCCGAACGUCAAGUUCCUCGUCGACGACGUAGAAGACACCUGGCUGAACGGCAGGAACUUUGACUUUGUACACCUCCGCAACAUGGUCCCGGUGCUCAAAUCGCCCGUCAACCUGUUGCGGAACGCAUAUGAACACAUGAAGCCCGGCGGUUGGGUCGAGCUGCAGGACGUCGACGGACAGGUCCACUGCGACGACGGGACCAUGCCGCCCGACUGGCCCCUCGUCCGCUUCACCGACCACCUCGUCGAGGCGUUCGCCAAGUUCGGCACAAACUCCCACGCCGCCGUGUUCGGGCGGCAGUACCUGGAGCAGGCCGGCUUCGUCAACAUCCAGCACCACACGGUCAAGCUGCCCUACGGGACGUGGCCCAGGGAUAAAACGAUGCGGCUGGUCGGCAUGUACUACCGCACGGCGUGCGAGGACUUCUUCCCCGCCGUCGGCGCGAUCCACUUUGAGAUGCUGGGGUGGAGCAAGAUCGAGAUGGAGGUUCUCUUCGCGCAGUGCCGCAACGCGAUGAGGGACCCCAACGUCCACGCGUACGGCAAGAUGCACUUCUGGAGCGGACAGAAGCCUGUUUGAGACCGCCAUCCGGUGGGUGGAGGGUAGUAGGGGGAUUGAGGGAUUGGGAAGCGGCUAUACGGCUGGAGACAAGAGAGUAUCGGAAGCUAGAGCACGAUGAUGGGCGGUGAUUGGAUGAGUCUUGCUGCAUGAUAAGUACGUCGUGGAUGAUACCAGGAUCGGUAUUGAUGAUGGUUGGUACGACACGGCGUUUCCAUCGUGAUCUGAGUAAGCGUCGAGACGUACGCUUAGGCGAAAGACGGCAUGGGGAAGAAGAGAGUUAAUUACAGUUACAGCUUCCCAUCCAAGAACACAAACUAAUGCAGUAUUGAAUUGCCUUAAACGGCCCAUCACUGGUCUAGAGGGGGGUCACCUGCAUCCGGCCGUUGAGGUA